CCUACCAGUGCACAUCAAUGCCACAUAUCAGUGAGCUGCCUUUCAGUGUCACCCACCAGUGCCAGUCAGUGCCACCUAUCAAUGCCAGUCAGUGCCACCUAUCAGUGCCAGUCAGUGCCGCCUAUCAGUGUGCAUCAGUGCCGCCUAUCAGUGUGCAUCAGUACCGCCUAUCAGGGUCCGCCAAUGCUGCCUAUCAGUACCGCCUAACAGUGCCAGUCAGUGCCGCCUAUCAGUGCCAGUCAGUGCCGCCUAUCAGUGCCAGUCAGUGCCGCCUAUCAGUGCCACCUAUCAGUGCCAUCAGUGCCUCCUUAUCAGUGCCCAUCAGUGUCACCUAUCAGUGUCCAUCAGUGCAACCUAUCAGUGUCCAUUACUGCAGCCUCAUUAGCGCACAUCAGUGAAGGAGAAAAAUCACUUAUUUACAAAAUUUUAUAACAAAAACAAAAAAAACUUUUUUUUUUCAAAA